AGCAUUACUCGUGUGCGAUGCUAGGAAGUGUUGGGUGUCACUCACUUCUUCAACUCAGUUCGCAGCUCACAAAACCACGAGCGGUUCACCAGAGAUCGUCUAGUCGAAGUCUACAUGAUUUUCGAUAAGUCGCACCUCGUGUCGCAAGGAACUAUUCAGAAGGAGAAGCAGCACAAACCGAGGAAGAGUCAACGCCGAAUGUGUAGAAUAAGGAAGAAGAAUACUGGUCUGUUGACUAUUUGUUGACACUCGCAACGAGUUGUUGGGAUCUCUCGCACCCAGUCAUGGGAGUGAUACGGAGAUUUCUUUCCUGAUGCUGCGAUCUCACGCGUAAGCGUUCCCUACAAAGAUGGACACGACGUUACUGGCCUCCGCCGUGGUCGUCUGGGAAUGGCUCAACGAGCACGGGCGCUGGCGGCCGUACAGCCCGGCCGUGUCUCACCACAUAGAGGAGGUGAUGAGAAGCAAUCCCCGCGGCGGCAGCGUCGUUCUAGGCCGAGCUGACAGCCGCUUGUCGCCCUACAUCAUCGAUCUACACUCCAUGCGUCAGUUCAGACAGGAUACCGGUACAUUAAGACCAGUUCGACAGAGUUUCUAUGAUCCCACCUCAGCACCAGGCCAAGGUUGGAUAUGGGAGUGGGAAAAUGACGCAGGUUCCUGGACGACCUAUGACAUGGAGGUUAUCAUUGCCCUGCAAGCGGCGUGGGACCGACAGCAACCCUGGCUGGACCUGACAUCGAUUGGCUUUUGCUACUUUGUGGACUUCCAGACCAUGACUCAGAUUAACAGGCAAACACAGCAGCAGAGGCGUAUGCAGAGACGCUCCGAUAGGGUUUACCCACUGGUCUCUGGGCCACUGCCUAAAACCUCACAGGCUUGGGGUACAGGCUCAGGAACUGGAGGCAUGACUAGAGGAGUUACAUCAGGAGGGUGCUCAUCCGGGGCACUUCUUGGGGUUGGUGUUUCUGGUUCUACUUUGAGUAGAAAAGGAAGUGCGGUUUACCCAAGCGGGAUGCUUUCAAUAUCAUCUCUCAAUCCUCCUGGACAGCCAUGUGCCUGCCAGCAGUGCAUGCUGGUGUUGAGUGUCAAGGCAAAUGGCACCUCAUCACAGACACUGGGACGUGCAACAAAGCCAAACAGUCCUAAAUUCAACUUUGGGACACUUCCAUCCUCCUCUGCAUCCAUGUCUGUUUUAAACUCGUAUUCUCAUACACUACCACAGGGCACAUCUUUAAAAUGCUCGCUCUCAGAAGAAGCCAAGAAUUCUGCUUUUGAUCAGUCAUUGUCUCUUCUCACGUCGGAUACUGCCAAUCUCUCAAUCUCUUCUAGCCAUUCACCACCUCUAACUCUGCCAUCACCAAAUCAGCAGCCUUCAUCCGCCCCAAGCUCUUCGUCUUCAUCAACAUUUGUGGCUACUGCCAUGCUUAUUAACACAUCAACCAUUCCCACAUCAUCCACAGAUUCGACAGCGUUGCCCUCUCAACUCUCCGCAGCCUGUGCUGCCCCUCUACCAACUCGUGCCAGUCUGACAGGGCUUAGUCGGCCUGCUUUGCACAGAAUUGCCAUGGCACAGUCACGGGCCCUGAUUGCCUCUGGGGUACCGACAGUACCAGUGAAGAAUCUCAAUGGCUCCAGUCCUGUCCAUCCGGCUUUAGCUGGUAUUACAGGUAUUCUGAUGAGUGCAGCAGGACUACCUGUAUGUUUGACCCGUCCACCAAAACUAGUUCUGCAUCCCCCACCUGUCAGCAAGAGUGACAUCAGACCAAUUCCCGGCAUUGGGCACUGUUGCCGCAAGACCACCAAGAAACAAGCACGCAAAGGUAGAACACCUGAGGAAGUGGUAAAAAGGUACUUACAGAAGGUCAGGAAUCCACCAGAAGAAGAUUGUACUAUCUGUAUGGAGGCUCUGGGGGGACCCUCAGGGUAUAAGGGUCCAGGUGUUGCAAGUGUUUCACGUGCAGAGUCCGUUGGACGACUGGCACAAUGUGGGCAUCUUUAUCACCUGCAGUGCCUAGUGGCCAUGUACAACAAUGGCAACAAAGAUGGCAGCCUGCAGUGUCCCACAUGCAAGACAAUAUAUGGAGUAAAGACAGGUAACCAGUCGCCCGGUAAAAUGGAGUACCAUGUAAUCCCGCACUCACUUCCAGGACAUCCAGACUGCAAAACCAUUCGCAUCAUCUACAACAUACCGCCCGGGAUACAGGGUCCUGAGCAUCCGAAUCCAGGGAAGCCUUUUACUGCAAGAGGAUUUCCCCGUCACUGCUAUCUCCCAGACAAUGAAAAAGGACGCAAGGCGUUAAGGAUGUUAUUGGUGGCAUGGGAUCGACGGCUGAUCUUCUCAGUGGGCACCUCCAACACCACGGGAGAAUCAGACACUGUCAUCUGGAAUGAGAUCCAUCACAAGACAGAAUUUGGCUCCAAUCUUACUGGACAUGGCUAUCCAGAUUCUGGCUAUAUUGACAACGUACUGGAGGAGCUCAAAGCCCAGGGCAUCACUGAAGACGAGGAAUAGCUUACUGUAAAGAAGAUGGGAUGUGCUCGAUGGCAGUGAAAGGAUGUUCUAGGAGUGUGAGUGUAACAACGUUUGUAAAAUGGGAAGAAGGAGGCGGGAACCGCCGGACAUUUAAAUUAAAACUUUAAUAACAAAAUAAACACAAAACAGUGCGAUAGCCCCUCCGGACGACUGCUGCGCACAAACAGAACCAAAACACAAAAUAAAAUCAAGGCCUGGUCCUCUCUCGUCCUUCAGUGUCGUAACUCCUCUUUUUAUCCUUCCGGAGCUCCUUCGUGGGACUUGAGACCGGUGAGUGGUCCAGGUGUCGCUCAUUUCCAAUUACUCCACCGGCCUCGACCCGUUCCCACGGCUCUCGGCCCUGCCCUACUCGUCACAGUGAGAAUUCAUAUGAAAAUCAUAACUCUGAUGAAAACAAUGACCAAUAGGUACAAAUAACUAUGUAAAUGAGGAACAAGUCAGCAAGUAUCCUAAUCUAUAAUAGAUAAAAUACAAAUUUGGGGAUGAAGUAACACAACUAACAUGAGAAUGAUAUUUGGUUGAAGGUGAAAGAUAAGUUUGAAAGAAAAAUGAAAGAAAGGAAUGUGUGAAAAGCAAGACUGGGAGGUGAAGGGGACUCGAAAAAUGAGUGAAUAGAAAGACUAAGAAAAUGCAGGUUAUUGGAGCAGCCGACGUGUUUUAUCUGCUUAACAGUGUUGCAAUGUAAGUUUGUGUAAAACAGUUGUAAGUGUGGGUGUAUUUAGUCAACUCUGGUACCUCUAACUGGAUUACUUGCUCUGAAUCUGUUUCCUAGAACUGAGAAGUAUAGUUUAGCGCAUAUGAAUGCUUGUAUUAUAAUUUGUAUUAUCAUACAACAUCAUUCCAUGUAUUCAGUCUUGUGUAUUGAGAACUUGUACUAUUUUUGUACGGAUGAUAAUGUGUGCAUAAGAUUCAGUGUUUUGAUUAAUCAAAAUAGAGCAGCAUUUUUAAUAUCAACUUGAUUUUAAAAUGCAAAUCACUUUUAUGGAAACACUGAAUCAAUUUAUGCUGGUUUAUAUGAAGCAUAGGAAAACCAACUAAUUGUUCUUCUUCAGAUGGGUACUUUAUUUGCUCAUUGAGGUAAAAUAUGUCUCUAAUGCAUCUAAUAGUUACAGAUUAUAGAAUAUCACAUUUGCACGGUACAGGAAACUUUACUCCACAUUCAGCAUUAAAUAUGUUCAGCUUUAAUACAGAAGAAAGCUAUGAGCAAAUGUAGCUAGAUAGAUGGGUAGUUUAAUGAGCCAUAAGGGUCAGAUUAGUAAUAGUUUGCCAAAAUGAAUUUUGCGAACUCAAGGAUUUUGCAUAAAAUAUGAUAUAGCUCCUUUUAAAUGUUCUUUACUGUCCUUAUACCUUGUUUUAGGCCAGUCUGUAUGUUAGGUCGAUUCUUGACCUGUUUUAUAAUGAACCACUUCUAAGAACGUGCCAUUGUUUGGUAUGUGUGUAUCUGUGCAUGUGUGAGCCCAUGCAUCAUGUGUAUGUUUGCAUUUGUGCUUGGCUGUAUGUCACGUCACUUUAAAUAUAUAAGUGUAUGCUAUGCAUCCACAACACAGAGGUACGGUGUUACUCAUCUGCAUAAUUGUCUUCAUGCAUUUCUGACUGUAUUUCUCUUUGUAUUGUUUUCUUCUAUUUUCCUUGUUUACUAUAUUUUAAGAAUGUUUCAUAUUGAGAAAUGGUAUACUUAAAGUUGAGCAUCAACUGUUUUUGGUUUAUUUUUGCCUGUCAAAUGCUAUUUUUGUUCAUGUGAAUUAUAGAAAUGUCUCAAGUUAAGGGGAAAAAACAGCUUUGAAGUCGACCAACUGCAUUGUGUUGUUUUGUUAUGUGUUCAGCAUUAAGAUAAAAUGAUCAAAUUAAAAUUUUUAAUUUUUUGAGAAAAAAAAACAAAACAUUUU